CUAGCCAUCAGCCCAGUCAGUUUGAGUGCGACAUCGUUGUUAAAAGUUCAUUGCGCUGACGCGGUACACUAGCGUGCGAACCGAAAAAUUGUUUGUUAUGUACCAAAAGUUAUACGAAUGAUUUCAUAAAGUAACUUUUUGAUCAGUGAAACUAGUAUUUUUUGUGGAAUAACAAAAACAUGUCGUACAGCGCUGAGAGGGCGCUUGCCUAUUUGUACCCACUAAUCAUUGCCACCUCCGUCAUCUGCUGCAUUACAUCGGGCGUUGCAUGGGCACAUUGGCGCUAUGUGCUGAACGCUUGCCCGGAAACUAAUUGCGGCUGCUACUUACAUGGACGCUCCACCUACAGCAGCUUCGAAGGCGGGCAUAUAGCCUAUUGUCAUUAUGCCACAUACGGACUCAUCUUCCCGCUAGUGUUUGCCAUUGUGCUGGGCAUUUAUCAUGGAUAUCGCAUUUGUAUGGGCACAACAAAACGAAAAACGGGCACCACCACAAUUAGGCAAAGAUCUGGUGACAUGAUUGUGGUGACCGCCGAAUCAGAGUUAACACAUAAUGGCAUUUCCCCAUAUUACUGGACACCCGCUGCAGUCAUCUCAUGCGUGAUGGCUGUUUAUACAUUAAUCUAUGCAUCGAUCUACACAGACGGCUUCCGAGUUACUUGCAAACAGUAUAGCGAAGCUUUAGUCAAAGAAAUUCAGGGAGCCGGCAACAUAGUGCCUGUUAUAAAGGGUCGCCUCUCUUGUGGAGCAAUCUUCGAUUUCAUGGAUUACUUAGUGGAGAGUAUUUCAUACGAACGACGCAAAUAUGGGCGCAUAAAUUCCGGUGUAUGCCUCUACAUGACACUCAUAUGCAGUUGGUUGGCUGUAUUCUUCUGGAUUGUUAUAUCGAUAGUGAAUAUUGUACAGACGCGACGCACACGAUCGGCACGAGUUUGAUGUAAUUUACACUGGUGUGGUAGUGCUUUGCAUUUCUAUAUGGGCAAUUCCAUUAAUGACAAAUUUAGGAAGCAAAAUAUGCGAACGAUUGCAAUUUGCCAUUUAAUAAUUUAAGUGCAUGAAAAAAAAUUACAAAACUAUGUAAGCAAAAAUUAUUUAAAAACAUUUUUGUGCACAAAUAUUAAUAUAUAAGAUGCAGAUUCCAUUAAAUUUAACUCAAUUAACUUCAAUUAUGAAAUUUAAGUUACAACUUCUAAGGCGACAACGACAACUAAUUUUAAGCAGAGCUCAGAAACACGUACACGGUAUAUUUAAUGAAUAUUUAUAUGCAUAUGUAAGUUAAAUUCAACACAAAAUAUAUUUGUAAUUCAUUUUAAACAAUAAAAAUUUUUUCUAAUAUGAAGUGA